AUGUAUACACGGUUGAUCCUAGAGGAAAAUCAAAUGUUGUUGUUUGUGACCGGUGUGUGUUCGAAAGUUGUUGCUGAUAAGGUCAGAAGCAUGCCUUUAGUCGAGGAGACAUCGAAAAGCAGCUCUAUGAUCUUCAUAAUUUCGUGGUAUCGAAGAAAAAAAAAGAAGGCUAUGCCAAAAUCUAAAGCUGUUAGGUCGGUUUCCGAGAAUUCUCAUAUCGCUUUUCAUACACGUUCAAACGUUUCGAAGAAUAAUGAAUGUGUUGUCAUUGAUAUCGUGAAGCCUGCUAAAAACAUAACUGCUAAACCAAAGCGUAAGGCUUGCAGAUCCAUCACAUCCAUGGCUGAUGUUGUUAGCCGUAAACGUUCUACAGUCAAAAGGUUGAAAACCAAUGCAUUCUUUGAGUUCACCAAAACGGCUGAAAGCAGACUGCGUUUACCGGGUGAAGUUGCGAGUGAUUAAUCUCUUUCUGUUGACAACCUGCGUGAUGUUACGAUCCAGAACUUGAGAAGUGAGCUAACUAAUAUGAGCACAAGAGCCGAGAAGUCUGGAGAUGGUUACAUGUAUGGUUUUACCAAGUGGUCAGCUUUCUUGAAGUCAAAUCACAUCCAGUUCGGUGCCACUCUUUUCUUUAAGUACGUCAAGUCUUCGCAGCUUUUGAUGUUGACCAAAGUUGUACACAAGACGACAAAGAAAAGAGGUCGUGCGUGACUGUUGGAUAUUGUGGUUUUUGUUAGUUGGUUUAGCCUGAACAGUUAAUGUGGUAGUUUGGUUUGGGUUUUUGAUCCUUGGUGGGUAUUACUGAGGGAUGGUUAGACAAUUAUUUUGGUAGUUUAUAAUUGAUGUUGAUAUGCU